AUGGAGGAUAAUAACGUCUCUGUAAAAAGACAAAAAACUGAAGAAAGUCAUAUUGAUUCAAAUGAAUUUAAACAUUUAAAGAGCUUUUUCUUUAGGUUAAAUACACUAUACACCUUUCUGCUUUGCAGAAAACAUGUAAUACCAACAUUUGAAAGGUUAAAGAAACCUAUACAAGAUACAUUGAAAAGAGAAAUAACAGAAUUUGAUUUUGCACAAAUAUGUGCCAUUCUACCAAGAGAAUGUAUAUUUAAAUAUAUUGAUGAGAAUCAGAUAUUCACUGAAACUAAAGUAUUCGAUUUUAACAACGGUGGCUAUCAGCAAAAGGAUAAUGAUAUAUUUGAAUUGAAAAGUAUCACUAGUGAGUUUGAAGAACCUAAAACCUCACAAAUACUGAUUUUUGAAUUUGUUGAUGGUAAUAUGAAAAGGACAUGGGGUGAUGAUAAAUCUGCACCUAAAGUUAGACUACCUGAUUAUUCAACAGAUGAGAUGAAAAAAAUGGUUAUGAAAAGGAAGGAAGUUUUUGAAACUAAACUAGAAAUAUUUAUUGAUGAGAAUCUUAGAAAAGGUCUAGAACCUAUAGCUGAACUUCAUUCGAUUGCCAAAAAGUUAAUCCCAAAGGAAAAAGAAUAUGAAGACCCUAUUAUAUCAAUGCUUAAGGCAAAGGAAGAAAAAUCUUCAAAACCUUUGGUGGAAAAUGUCAACGGUGUAUUGACACCUACAAUCCCAGGAAUGAUUGAUAUUUUAAAAUCUUCUGAAAUGUAUACUUCUCAAAUCAAACAGGAUUAUAUCAUAGAAGAGAGAGAUGCUUCUUAUGCUGAUUUGGAUUUUUCCUUAUCACCAGAAGUCUACCAAGCAAUUGAACAUGAUAGGUUUUACUCCCAUCAAGCAGAUGCAGUCAAUGCUAUUCAUCAUGGUCAAAACGUUAUUAUAACUACAUCUACCUCUUCAGGUAAGUCGUUAAUUUAUCAAUUGACAGCCAUCGAUCUUCUUUUAAAGAAACCAAAUUCAACAUUUAUGUACAUAUUCCCUACAAAAGCAUUAGCGCAAGAUCAAAAAAGAGCCUUUGAGAAAUUAUUAUCAAAAAUCCCUGAACUUUCAAAUAUUGUCGUUGAUACCUACGAUGGGGAUACAGAACAAAAUCUCAGGACACAUAUUAGAAAGAAUGCAAGAGUUAUUUUCACCAACCCUGAUAUGAUCCAUACAAGUAUACUGCCUAACCAUCCAAAUUGGAGGUUUUUCCUUUAUAAUCUGAAAUUGGUUGUUGUUGAUGAAUUGCAUAUUUAUAAGAGUUUAUUUGGCUCUCAUGUGGCAUUAGUAUUAAGAAGACUAAGGCGGUUAUGUAUCGACUAUUAUGACAAUAUGUCAAUCCAAUUCAUUUCAUGUUCAGCUACACUAAAAGAGCCAAUAACUCAUAUGAAAAAUAUAUUUGGUAUAGAUCAGGUAACAUUAAUAAAUGAAGAUGGGUCCCCAAGAGGUGCCAAGCACCUAGUGAUAUGGAAUACACCUGUUCUUUCACAACAUGUAAAAAAGAGAGAAAACUUUAUAGGUGAGUCUGCAAAAAUUUUGGUACAAUUAGUUUUAAAUAAUGUAAGAACGAUUGCUUUUUGUUUCGUAAGAAGAGUAUGUGAAUUGCUAAUGAGAGAAGUGCGAAGUAUUUUCAUUGAAAUGGGGAGGGAAGACCUUAUUACUGAAGUAAUGUCAUAUAGAGGUGGUUACUCUGCAUCUGAUAGACGUAAAAUUGAAAGAGAGAUGUUUCACGGUAAUUUGAGAGCGGUUAUUUCAACUAAUGCUUUAGAAUUGGGUAUUGAUAUAGGUAACUUGGAUGCAGUUCUGAUGUGUGGUUUUCCAUUAUCCUUAGCAAACUUCCAUCAACAAAGUGGUAGAGCUGGUAGAAGAAGAAAAGAUUCGAUGACUAUUGUUGUUGCAUCAGACAACCCAACAGAUCAACAUUAUGUUGCCCACUCUGAGAUUUUGCUGGAAGAUAAAAAUCCAGAUUCCUACCAAGAAUUGAUUCUUGAUUUUGAUAAUAUACUAAUUCUCGAAGGCCAUAUACAAUGUGCGGCAUUUGAAUUGCCAAUAAGAAUUGAACGUGAUGAAAAAUAUUUUAAUUCCAAAUAUCUAUCAACCAUUUGUCAUGAAAGGUUACAACACACUGUAGAUGGUUAUAAUACACACAAUAGAUUUUUGCCAUGGCCAUCUAAGUUUGUUUCACUCAGAGGUGUGGAAGAAGAUGAAUUUGCAGUAGUUGAUAUAACUAAUGGGAGAAAUAUUAUUAUCGAAGAAAUUGAAGCUUCAAGAACAAGUUUUACCUUAUAUGAUGGUGGAAUUUUUAUUCAUCAAGGUUAUCCGUAUCUAAUCAAGGAAUUCAAUCCUGACGAACGUUAUGCAAAAGUACAAAGGGUUGAUGUUGAUUGGAUUACAAGUCAGAGGGAUUUUACAGAUGUUGAUCCAAAAGAAAUUGAAUUAGUUCGGUCUCUUAAAGAUAGUGAUAUUCCUGUCUAUUUUGGGAAAAUUGAAAGCACUAUCAUUGUUUUUGGUUUUUUUAAAGUUGAUAAACAAAAUAGAAUUAUAGAUGCUGUAGAAACACAUAAUCCUCCAGUUAUAAUCAAUUCUAAAGGAUUUUGGAUCGACCUCCCCGUAAGGGCACUUGAAAUUUGUAACGAGAAAAGUCUAAACGUAGCUGGCGCUAUUCAUGCAGCUACACAUGCUAUUAUUGGAUUGCUUCCUAGAUUCAUUGUAGCAGGUGUUGAUGAAAUCUCGACAGAAUGCAAGGCACCAGAAAAAGAAUUCGCAGAAAGACAGACAAGCAGAAAACGUCCAGCAAGGUUAGUAUUUUAUGACUCUAAGGGUGGUAAAUAUGGAUCAGGCCUAAGUGUAAAGGCAUUUGAACAUAUUGAUGAUAUUCUAGAAGGAACAUUACAGAGAAUUAGAGAGUGCCCCUGUGAGGAUGGUUGUCCAAAUUGUGUGGCAGCGUCAUUUUGUAAGGAGAGAAGUUUGGUGUUAUCUAAACCAGGCUCUAUGGUAUUAUUACAUUGUAUUCUUGGCCAUAAAGAAGAAGAUUUCUUGGAUGAAAUAAAGGAUGGUCCCGAACCAAAUAUGCCUGAAAUUAAAGUCGAAACCAUCAUUCCAGUUACCGGGCAUGUUAAUUUUAGUGACGAUUUUCAAAUUAUAGAUGUUAGGAUAAACAAAAACAUAGAGCCAUAUCAGUCAACUGUAAAAGAAGAAAUUGAUUAG